AAUGCUCGUAUUCAUCGCGUAAACGUUCUUCGCUGAUAUGUAUUCGGUUGGAUAAGAAAGUGGAGUGAAAAUUAAACUCGAGCAAGUAGCCAGCGUGAAAGUUCCUCUUACUAUAUUGGACGAAGAACGACGGUGACUCGUCGAGGUUCAGGUGUAGCAUCGCGGUGCAGAGAAUUCGAACCGUUAACGUUAACCCGUUGGAGGGAGAUACUUGUCGAAAGUGGGGAGUUUGCCACGCUGACGAUACUACAUGCUACCAUUUACGACGGGACUCGUUGAAAGAGUGCAUCACCACCUCCUGGUUGCAUCCGUGGUCUUUGUUUGUCACCUAUGCGCAGCUCGCCCUUCGGUGGCAGGUGCUAAAGACGCGCGACCUUCUCGUACCUGGGGGCCGUUAGUGCCGUUUAGAAUGGUAACGCAAUCGAGUAUAAUUUAUUAUUGCUACCUACGCCUACGGUGAGCCGUAUCCCUCGAUAACGGGACCACUAAAAGGCGUUGGAAACGAAGAGGAGGAAAGGUCUCCAGCUUAUUUCAGGAUGAAUCGGCAGAUGCAGUACGUCGCGAAAUGUCGACUCUGGCGAGGACAGGACGCCCUUCGACGAGCUCUGUGCUCGGGCGCAAGUGCAGUGACCUCGUCGAGGGAUUGCACCGCGAAUCACGAGACUGCGAUCCACGCUAGGCCGUACGAGGAGAUACCAGGACCAAAACCGAUUCCGAUCCUCGGCAAUACCUGGCGCCUGUUCCCUCUAAUCGGCCAAUACCAAAUCUCUGACACGGCCAAAGUGUCGCAAAUGUUUUACGACGAGUACGGUAAAAUCGUUCGUUUGACUGGGUUAAUAGGUCGACCGGAUCUGUUGUUCGUGUACGAUGCCGACGAAAUCGAAAAGAUCUACAGACAGGAAGGACCGACACCUUUCAGGCCGUCGAUGCCGUGCUUGGUGCAUUACAAGAGCGUCGUCAGGAAAGAUUUCUUUGGGUAUUUACCUGGCGUUGUUGGAGUACACGGCGAACCUUGGCGGGAGUUUCGUACACGUGUCCAGAAACCAGUUCUCCAACCUCAGACGGUUAGAAAGUACACGGGUCCCAUCGAGGUGGUCACCUGUGAUUUCAUAAAGAGGAUCGAAGAGAUCAAAGGAGAAGAUGGAGAGCUGCCAGGAGAUUUCGACAACGAGAUACACAAAUGGGCUUUAGAGUGUAUAGGACGAGUUGCUCUCGACGUAAGAUUGGGAUGCUUGGGUGGUACGUUGACUCCAGAUUCAGAACCUCAGAAGAUCAUCGACGCGGCCAAGUAUGCUUUGAGAAACGUGGCUGUCCUCGAAUUGAAAGCUCCUUAUUGGAGAUACGUGCCCACCCCUCUUUGGACGAGAUACGUACGCAACAUGGACUACUUUAUCGAGGUGUGUAUGAAAUACAUUGACGCGGCAAUGGAAAGACUGAAAACUAAAGAGGCAGUCGAUGAAUCUGACUUGUCUUUGGUGGAAAGGAUUUUAGCCAAAGAAACUGAUCCCAAAAUGGCGUACAUUCUCGCUUUAGACUUAAUCUUGGUUGGAAUAGACACGAUUUCGAUGGCCGUUUGUUCGAUACUGUAUCAAUUAGCGACCAGGCCCGAGGAGCAGGAAAAAAUUUACCAAGAACUCGUUGAAAUUAUUCCGGAUCCAUCGGUUCCUCUGACUACCAGCCAUCUCGACCAGGCGGUUUACAUGAAAGCCUUCGUCCGCGAAGUUUUCAGAGUUUAUUCUACGGUUAUCGGAAACGGUAGAACGCUGCAAAACGACACCAUAAUUUGUGGCUACAAAGUCCCCAAAGGAGUGCAAGUCGUAUUUCCAACAGUUGUAACAGGAAACAUGGAAGAAUACGUAACAAAUGCCAAAGAAUUCAAGCCAAUGAGAUGGCUCAAGCAAUCUGCCAACGAGAUACUGCAUCCCUUUGCGUCUUUGCCCUUUGGUCACGGUGCGCGCGUGUGUUUGGGUAGAAGAUUUGCUGAUCUGGAGAUGCAAGUGCUGCUUGCAAAGCUGAUACGAUCUUACAAGUUGGAAUACCAUCACGAACCGCUAAAGUACAAAGUGACGUUUAUGUAUGCUCCUGAUGGCGAACUAAAGUUCAAGUUGGUACCGAGAUAAUCGGGACUUAAAAAAGUUUGUUGAAAAUAGAACGAAUAAACAAGAAAGUAUAAGAAUAUUUUCAAAAAGAUCUGUAGAUUAAUACAAAACGGGCCGUUUACUUUUUUUUAUUUCUGUACAAUGUACAUGUAAAAUACGAGUAUACGAUACGAGCGUAUACUAGCGUUGUAAGGAUUCGAAAAUCCACUACCUAUCGACGAAUCUCAAAUUCAGAGGUCCUUUGGGCGUGUACAUAGGAUUGAUGUAAUACUCGAGUUUCUCGUAAUGAUAUUCUAGCUUGUAGCACUGUAAAAUCUGAAACAGAACAUUGUUGUUAUUAUUAAGCAAUCAAAGUUAUUUGUAAGAAAAAUAAUAAAGAAUAUUGCCUAACUAGUCUCUCUG